AUGGGAAUCAAGCCCGUCUGGAAAGAGUUCUAUGAGCAAUAUUUGAAUGCACAGGAAUUACCUCCAGAGUUGGGCCAUGGUGAAGCUGCUAUUGCUAAAAUGGAAAGCCCCAGAGAACCAGGAGUGUACAAAGUCAACUUUGAUGGUGCCAUUUUUACCUCAGAUCGUGACUCCGGGAUGGGAGGGGUGAUCAGGGAUUGCAAUGGAGUUUUGAUUGUUGUUGUGGAGUUCGGUUUGAGACGUAUUCUUCUGGAAGGAGACUCGAAAUAUGUGAUCGAGGGGAUUGCGAAUACGAAUAGCCAGACGAACUUAUCAGCUAUUGGAAAUUUUAUCGACCAAAUCAAGACUACAUCCCACACGUGUUGA